AUGGCAAGCAGCUCGAAUCCUCUGUCAGCGGCAGUCGCCGGCGACCACCAGGAGAUGUACGAAUACUACGACCAGUACCUCAAGAACAGGGGCGAUAAAGCUGCCCAGCAACGCUGGGUUAACCAGCUCAUUUGGGAGAUCGCCCGCCAUGCUGUUGGCGAGGAAAUCGUCAUCUACCCUCUCAUGGAGCAACACCUUGGUGCCAAGGGUGUUGAACUCGCCGACAACGACCGCAGAGAUCACCAGUUUGUCAAGGAGAAUCUGUACAAACUCGAAAACAUGGAGGUCGGCACGGAGAAUUACGAUGCCCUCUUGAAGACGGUCAUAGACCAUCUUCGAGUCCACAACGACAGCGAGGAGCAGACCGACCUUCCCAUGCUCUACGAGAAGAUUGGAGCAGAAGGCGCACAGCAGGCCGCAGCCAGUUUCAAGCGGACCAAGAAAUUCGCACCAACGCACCCUCAUCCCAGCGCGCCCGACAAGCCACCGUUCGAAACUGUCGUUGGACUCAUGACCGCUCCUAUCGACAAGCUCCGCGAUAUGUUCGAGCAAUUCCCAAGCACCGAAGAGAAGAAGCAAGCUUCGCAGAAUUGA